UAAAAAUCUAACUUAACUUCAACUUCAUAAAAUAUAAUUCUUGUAUUUUCUUAAAUGUGUUUUAUUUAUGUUUCAUUUGUACAUAUACAUUUUGUUAUUUCUUUAAAUCGUAAUAUUUAUUAAAAUAAAAUAAAAAUGCUCAGUGUUAUAUUGUUGCAGGGGAUUCCUUGUGGGUCUUAUGUUGACCAACUAAGUGGCAAUGAUAAAUUACAGUGUGAAGAAGCUUUAGCCAAUAUAAUUGAUGCCGUAAUUGGCAGUAAUCGCCAAAAGGCAUAUGUGAUAUCGCAAGGAAUCGUGCCGAAAUUGGUAGAGAAAAUCGGCAACCCAGAUGAGGACAUUAACAUCCGAUUAAAUGCUCUUAUUGUCAUUGGUUCUCUAGCUAAAGGAUCUGCAGAACAAGUUCAAAAACUAAUCGACGACUACGACAUAGUGCGGUUUUUGAUUGCCCAAGUCCUAAUCCCAAAUGUUGACCAAAGAAUCGCAGCGCACUGUCUAUCGGCUCUGCGAUCAAUUUAUCAGUUUCCCUUUGCUCCUGUUGGUCUUUUGUACGCAAAUAACACGACAUUACCGCAUCUCAUGAGUCUGGCGUCUGUUGAAAGUUCAUUGCACAUUCAAGCCAAUGUCACAAGCAUUCUAGUUCCAAUAUGCAAUACAUACAACGAACAGAUUCUGCUGUGCCAGGCUGGCGCAAUCAUCUUCUUAGCCCGCAUGAUAAGUUCGCAGCAUGAUGUUCUUCAAGUACCAGCGUUAAGGUGCUUGGCUUGUAUGUGCUUCACAAAUCGUUGUGUCUCUGACAAUGUUUGUGUAACAAGCUAUGAAGGUCGGUCAAUGCCUGAUAUUCUAUCGUCUUUACUUUCUCGAGCUCGAAAUCCGGAAAUUCAGCUCACAGCCGCAAGAUGCUUAACUUACAUACACCGCUCGGGUACUCUUCCACCAACAGACAAUAGAAUCGUCUACAAAACCCUUCCCUGUUUAGCUAGACUUUGUACAGAUGAUUUCGAUCAAUAUACCAGAGCAUCAGCAGCCGAAACAUUGGCUUACUUAGCCGAGAUUGAUUCGCAAUUACAACGUCUCGCUGCGAUAUGUAAUCAUUUAAUAAAAUCGUUAUCAGAGCUCCUACAAAGUCAGUUAGCUUUGCUGAGGCAAGCGGCAUUUCGAUGUUUUGCCUCGCUUGGAGCCAACGAUGAAGACAUAAGGAAGAAGAUAAUUGAGACAAAAGGUUUAAUGGAGAAAGUUCUCGAGGGUCUAUGUGAUUCAAAUCCUCAGGUACGAUUAGCUGCAGUACGAUGUUUGCAUUCACUCUCUCGAUCGGUACAACAAUUAAGGACAACAUUUCAGGAUCAUUCAGUGUGGAAACCACUUAUGGCACUUCUCUCCGGACAACCAUCAAACGAGCUACUCACAGUUGUCACAUCGACAAUAUGCAAUCUCCUGCUUGAGUUCUCACCGGCAAAAGAACCAAUGCUCGAUUCGGGUGUUGUUGAAAUGUUGUGUCAGCUCACGGAAAAUGCCGACCCCGCCUUGCGUUUGAACGGCAGUUGGGCCCUCAUGAACAUGGCCUUCCAAGCUGAACAACAUGUCAAAACAAAAAUCAUAAAUUGUUUGGGAGCUGAUAAAAUUCUGGAGCUUCUUAACGAUUCCGAUACGAGGGUUAUCAUGAAGACUCUCGGAUUGUUAAGGAACUUGCUUAGCAAAUCUCUUCACAUUGACGAUAUUAUGUCGGAGUAUUCGUCACAGGUAAUGCAGGCGGUAAACAUGGUCUUGGACUCACAACAUCCAUCUGAAGUAAAAGAGCAGGCACUCUGUAUAGUGGGUAAUAUUGCGGCUGGCGCGCAAGUCAAAGAUUAUAUUAUUGACGAUGAUAAAGUAUUGACACGUUUGGGUAGUUUUCUGAGCCACAAGGAUUUAAAACUUCAAGCAGGUACAUUAUUUGCAAUAGGAAAUUUUGUACGUCGAAAAGAUUCAAGAUCAAGAGAACGAUAUACAAAACUUAACGAAUUAGGUAUUAUAUCGAAUUUAAAUGAAGUUUUUGAAAAAACAUCCGAAGGAACGGAAGCAUAUGAAGAGAUCCGGAGCAUACUUAAGCGUUUACUAUUUUCCUAAAAUUAUUUAAAAUCGUUUGAUUUUGUAUAUAGAAAUAUAAACAAACAGAAAAACAAAACAAAUAUUACGUUUUCGAAGCAAAAAGUAUAGAGAUGAUGUAAUAAUUUAGUGUAGAUAAUUUUGAACAAAAAUAAAGUUAAACAAAAAUUUAAA